GGGGGGGUGUCUCUAUCCAGGCCUCUCUCUCGCCCUUUCAUCCUUCCAUGGACUCCGUCUAUCCCCCCAGGAACUAAUGUUCGUGGGGGGGGGGGGUGCUUCAAAGCAGAAGGCGCCACGAAACCCUGCAAGGACGUCCUCUCCAGAAAGGCCCACUGCACCCCCCCCGUGCAUAUCCCAUAGCCAAGUGUAAUGGGGGGGUGAUCUCUUGUGUUGGAGGGGCUUCAUCGUCCCAUGUAAGAUCUGGGUUGUUUGGGGGGGAAUAGGGAGGGGGUCUUUGUCCUUUCCUCCCCCUCCCCAUUUCAUCCCCCCAUCCCUGCAUCUUUACCCCUUUGUCCUCUCUUCUGCCCCUCCGCCUCCCUUGCUCGCUCUUCCGAUGUCUUUUCCUGCAACAGAAAGAGCAGGGCGGGAGGAGUUGGUCCAGCGACGCCCACCCCCCUUUCUCAAGCCCCUCCCGAGGCUCCUUUUUCCCGCCUGCCAGGAAAAGUCCGGCCCAUAGAGCUACGGGGCAGAGCAGCCCCUGCCGGUGCUCGGAUGGGAUCCGGCACUGAGGAUUUCCCCAGGACUUGCAUGGGAAUUGCUUGUGGCAGGGGGAGUCAGGCGGGGGUGCCUCUCUAUCUCCUCUCUAUGAUAGAGGGGGGCUGUUCUUCCCUGUCUUCCUAUACUGGAGGCUCUGGGAUCCUGCAUCUCAGCCCGCAAGGCCCCUUCUCUGCGCUUACACCAAGCUUGCAAGGCGGUUCUUUGGCCACUGCUUCCCUGCCUCUGCUUUACAGAAAGAGCAGCAAACUCUGCCCAUGCCCAGAGAAUACUGUAUGAAAUCCCACCACACUUUAUCACUUCUAGUUUGCAUUUGAAGCAACUGAAACUGGAGGAUUUUCAAAACUGCGGUCAUGUCUGGGUAUUGCAUCUUGAAUACCAUUUUGGAAGACUGAAGGUGCAGCUUUGUUUGCUUUGCAAGGAUUAAAAACUUCAAGAAUGAGUACUUUACCCAGUUACCUUGGAGGAGGUUCCACUGAAUUCAUUGGGAUAGGUCAGUUUGCAAAGCACAAGAGUCCUAAUCUCAGGGUUGUGGGUUCAAGUCUCACAUUGGGCAAAAAGAUUCCUGCAUUGCUGGGGGUUGGACUAGAUGACCCUUGGGGGUUCCUUCCAACUCUGCAGUUCUAUGAUUAACCACCAGUCAAGAAUGCGGCAGACUCACCCCACUAACUGCCCCCCUUUAAAUAGAGUGUGCACACCUAACAGUACACCAACCUCAAAGAUCUCACCAAUUUACCACAGUUUAUCUUGUAGUGAGUGAAUAGAGAUUCAGACAGAAGUUGAACAAACAAUCAUGAAAGUUUUAUUAACAAAAAAGAAGUUUGUGAAAGAAAGUGGGUCAGAAAAUGCGUUUUCCUGGGUAGAAGUCAACUUACUUACUUAAACUAUAACCUGUCUCAGGAUUAAACACAGUGUUACUUAACCUCUCUUUACUCAAAUAGCAGUUGUUAUACUUCAAUUUCUGUUACUUAGUUAUGUCAGGUGGUUCAGUUAAAUACUGACAAUACUGUACAACACAUCUUCCUUCCCCCAUCAAUGCCCUGGAUCAUGAGCGAGGGGCACUUUCCCCCAGCUCCCCCUCUCUACACAACCCCACUGCUGAGGUAAUUCCAAAAUGGCGUAACAGACCCAGGGGACUCCCUCCCCCCUUGUGACUGGCUUGGGGGUCUUCUCUCCCUAGAAGAACUGCCCCCUCCUGACUGGAGGGAGACCCAGGGGAGCCUGAAUCCCCCCAGGAUCUGCUUCUCCUGCCUCAAGAGUCAGCCCUCCCAGGACACCAGUUUGUAGACCUUCCCCAGACCCCCAACCGGGUCUCCCUCUCCAGGCUGGGAGGGUCUUUCCUCUCUCAGGGAGGGGGUUCAACUCAAACCAGAACCAGUUCUCCCUCAGGCAAAUCCUAUCCUCCUCCCCAACUCCCAUCUCAAAACUAUCCCUCUUCAUCUUCUCUCAUAUCAAACACUAUCUAACUCUCUCCCUCAGUAACGGCUCCUUUUAUUUUCCCUCCAAAAGUGCCGUUGGCCAAUCAGAGAGAGGUUCCAUCCCUCUGGUGGAAUUUCUGGGGGACUGAAUGACCAGACUCUGGUCACCCAUCACACUUCUGCCUGAGAACAACCAGUACAGGUCAGCAGUAGGAAAUUUCUGUCCCUGAUCACAACCACCAGACCUACUAAAGGCCAAUAUUUUCAGAGGAAAACCUCAGGAUUUGGGAAUCCCCACAUAUCUGCAUUGCCUUAGGUUUCACGUUAUGGCAGUUCUAAGAGGAGAUGGCAAAAUCAGGAAUUUGAGAGGAAGAGAGUUUGUGGCUACUUUGUGGAAGUUCAUUCCAGAAACUAGGAGCCACUUUGGAGAAGGCCUUUCCCGGGAAGGAACAGGGUGAGGGAAAUCUGACAACCCCUUUAAAAAGAGUUCAUUUCACACGGUCUUAACGCUGUGUCGGUAGGUGACUGUGGAGGCAAAUUCUGGAUCCAUACAUCCUUCCACAGUGGGGAUCCGAGGCAUAGCUAGGGGUCAGGGGGCAAUGAGCGCCACACCGCAGGGCGUGGCACUACACCUGAGCCAUGCGUCUCUCCUGGGAGUGAUGCGAUGACUUGGGUGCAUGCAGGCUCCGCGCUGCCCACAAAAAGCAAUGUGGGUCUGCUGGGUGUUGGAGCAGAACGGGCCUCAGGCACUGAUAUUCUGGUGUGCCUGGCGCAAGCCCCACUGCCCUGGGUGUCCAGGCGGCUAGCUACGCCCCUGUUGGGGACAUACCGUAGGUUUCCAGGUGGGAGUCGAUUGUUGUGAGGGUUUGCCAAACGUGCUUUCCUCUUAGAACACUCCCCCCUUUUGUCAUGGUUUUGAUCACCUUUAUAGUCCAUGACACCUUUGCUAAAGGCUGUUCUCCCAUUGGAGCACUCACAGGUCAGAGUUUCCCGAUUGUCGGUGUUUAUACUACAUUCUCCCAAAGGUUAAUGUCCAGGGGAGGGAAUAACACCUCAAAGAAAAACACAGCCAAGAGAUAGAAAAACUCAACAUCUGGAAGGGACCCAGUUUAUUUUGAGAUAAGCUAUUGCAAUAGCGUCAGCGACUCCAAAUCAGGAGUUCAUUUUAAAACAGUUUUGAAAGAAAUGUACAGGCAUUAGUUCAUAGAAGUUAUACAUGAAAGGGAAGGUCACAGGUCAGGGAGCUAAAACUCUUUUUCUGUCCGUUAUCUUGGGUGUCCAGGUGCCCUGGAAUCUUAGGAUUUAUAUUUCACUCACUUUUUGUCCAUCUACCAAUCCUUAGCAUUCCAUUCCCAUAGCUUCCUACGCCUGGAAAACUCAAGGUGAGAACAGGAGGUCACAUAAACGUGCUAUUUCUUAAACGACUUAAACAGUUGUUAGAAUGAUAAGGGGAUGGGAAUCGGGAGUUCAGAAGUCCACAUAGCAUAGAAAUUAUUACAUUACAUAGAGUCCAUCACAGAGAGUAGUUGCAGAUACAAUGGUACCUCGGGUUACAUACGCUUCAGGUUACAAACUCCACUAACCCAGAAAUAUUACCUCGGGUUAAGAACUUUGCUUCAGGAUGAGAACAGAAAUCGUGUGGCGGUGGCGCAGCAGCAGGAGACCCCAUUAGCUAAAGUGGUGCUUCAAGUUAAGAACAGUUUCAGGUUAAGAACGGACCUCUGGAACAAAUUAAGUACGUAACCAGAGGUACCACUGUAUUACCAAAAUACAUACAUUUCAUUCAGUGCUAAAUUAUCUGAAAUCUAUUGUUUAUUUGUUAAAUGGAUUAACUAACAGCCUCCGGCCCAACAUGAUCCAAGGGGAAAGGGAGAUUCGUGUCCACCACCAUCACCCUGCCUGCUUCAAGCUGCUACUUGAGUGGCUCUGACCGUGACAGUCUCAGAUCUCCUGAGGCACAGAUGUGCAGCCCAGCCACAGAGAGGAGGGCCUGGGGCUCAAAGCUUUAUUUAAUCCUUUAUUCCUGCUGCCACAGGAGAUAAUGUUUUAACUGCACAUUGAGUCCUUCAAAUAAGCAAGAAUGAGGAGAAGUUGUAGCACAAUUAUCAAUAACAAAAACUAUACAGGGGUUUCAACAUUACUUUAUGUACAUAAGAUUACUUCACUCUUUCUGUGUCUUAUUUGUUCAUUUAGUGUUGUUACAACAAUAGGUGUUAUACAGUUGUUCGUAUACUACUAAUUUAACCAUCCCUGCUUCCAAAGCAUCACAACUUUCACCCUCUAAUUUCCACAAUGCUCUAUUAGCAACCCAAAAACACCAACAUUUCCAACUCUCUCAACUGAAGACCAAACUUCAGCCAACUAAAAGAGCAUCAACGUUCCCACCAGCAUUGCAGAUUCAUGUUCUCCACAAACGGCAAGCAGUUCAUGACCUAUUAUAUUGCAUUUACUAUUGUGAGACAUUACCUUCAUUACUUUAAUACAUGGGUACAACUUUACAUGCAGACACCAGAACUUCACAUAUACUCUAUGCAUUUAACGGCUGAUGUAUAUAAGGAUCUCCACUCCAACUGAAGCUCCUUCCACACUCCAUGCAUUUAAAUGGUUUCUUCACAUGUGAGUUCACUAUUCUUCAGAGAUGUUUUCAGUCUGACUGAAGUCCUUUUCAUACUCCAUAAAUUUAAAUGGUUUCUCCCUGUGUGAAUCCACUGCUGUUUUCUAAGUGCUCCACUCUUAGGAAGCUCUUUGCAAACACAACCCACACAUUUAAGUUCCUCCCCCCAUGAGUGUGUUCGUUGAUGUAUCUUAAAAUGUCCAAAUCAACUGCCGCUCUUCCAGCACUCUAUAAAUGAGUUCAUUGAUGUAUUUUAAAAUGUCCCCUGACUGAAGCUCUUUUCACACUCCAUUCAUUUAAAUGGCUUCUCCCCUGUGUGAGUUCUUUUGUGUACUCUAAGGCUUCCACUUUCACUGAAGCUCUUUCCACACUCCAUACAUUUAUAUGGUUUCUCCCCUGUAUGAGUUCGCUGAUGCUUUCUAAGGCUUCCACUUUGACUGAAGCUCUUUCCACACUCCAUACAUUUAAAUGGUUUCUCCCCUGUAUGAGUUCGCUGAUGGCUUCUGAGGUACCCACUAUCAAUGAAGCUCUUUCCACACUCCAUACAUUUAAAUGGUUUCUCCCCUGUAUGAGUUCGCUGAUGUAUUUUUAAAUGUGCACUUUGACUAUAGCUCUUUCCACACUCCAUACAUUGAAAUGGUUUCUCCCCUGUAUGAGUUCGUUGGUGUAGUUUAAAAUGUCCACUAUUACGGAAGCUCUUUCCACACUUCUUGCAUUUAAAGGGUUUCUCUCCUGUAUGAGUUCGUCGAUGUAUUUUAUAGUGUCCACUUUGACUGAAGCUUUUUCCACAAUCCAUACACUGAAAUGGUUUCUCCCCUGUAUGAGUUCGCUGAUGGCUUUUGAGGUUCCCAUUAUCACUGAAGCUCUUUCCACACUCCAUACAUUUAAAGGGUUUCUCCCCUGUAUGAGUUCGUUGAUGUAGUCUAAGCUUACCGGAUUCACUGAAGCUUUUUCCACACUCCAUACAUUUAAAUGGUUUCUCCCCUGUGUGAGUUCGUUGAUGUACUCUAAGGGCUACACUAUGAGAAAAGCUCUUUCCACACUCCAUACAUUUAAAUGGUUUCUCCCCUGUGUGAGUUCGAUGAUGCAUUUUAAGGGUUUCACAAUGACUGAAGCUCUUUCCACACUCCAUACAUUUAAAUGGUUUCUCCCCUGUGUGAAUUCGUUGAUGCAUUUUAAGGCUUCCACUUUGACUGAAGCUCUUUCCACACUGCAUACAUUUAAAUGGUUUUUCCCCUGUGUGAUGUCUUUGGUGUAGUCUAAGGUUUUUGGUUGAAGUGAAGCUUUUUCCACACACUAUACAUAUAUGUGGUUUCUCCCCUGUGUGAGUGCGUUGAUGUAUUGUAAGAUUUCCCUUUAUAAUGAAGCUCUUUCCACAGUGCAUACAUUUAAAUGGUUUCUCCCCUGUGUGAGUUCGCUGAUGUAUUCUAAGGGUUACACUAUGACCAAAGCUCUUUCCACACUCCAUACAUUUAAACGAUUUCUCCCCUGUGUGAGUUCGAUGAUGUAUUUUAUAGUGUCCACUUUGACUGAAGCUCUUUCCACACUCCAAACAUUUAAAUGGUUUCUCUCCUGUGUGAGUUUGCAGAUGUAUUUUAUAGUGUCCACUUUGACUGAAGCUCUUUCCACACUGCAGACAUUUAAAUGGUUUCUCCCUGUGUGAGUUCGUUGAUGUAUUGUAAGGCUUCUAUUUAUACUGAAGCACUUUCCACACUCCAUACAUUUAAAUGGUUUCUCCCCUGUAUGAGUUCGUUGAUGUAUUGUAAGGCUUCCCUUUAUACUGAAGCUCUUUCCACACUGCAUACAUUUAAAUGACUUCUCUCCUGUGCGAGUUUGUUGAUGUUUCUUAGGAGUUUCAAUCCAGUUCAAGCUCUUUCCACUCUCCAUAGUUUCAAAUGUUUUGUCUACUGGGUGAGUUCAUUGAUGUUAACUAAGUGCAUACACUGGCUGAAGCAUAUUACACACAUUUUAAUGUUCUCUUCAUUAUUCCCAGUGAAAUUGCAGAUGGCCUCUCAGAAUUCUGAAUGACUUCUCUGUUGCUAUUUGUGAGUGGAGGAAAAAAAAUCCUGUUAGGGUUUCAAAGAAGAAAAAGGAACUUAUUAAAAUUAAACAUCACAGCCUAGGACCCUCGUACCUACGGGAUCACCUCUCCAGGUAUGCCCCACGGAGAGCCUCAAGGUCCAUAAAUAGCAACACCCUAGUGGUCCUGGGCCCUAAGGAAGUUAGAUUGGCUUCAACCAGAGCCAGGGCCUUUUCAACACUGGCUCCGGCCUGGUGGAACGCUCUGCCUCAUGAGACCAGGGCCCUGCAGGAUCUGAUUUCUUUCCGCAGGGCCUGUAAGACAGAGUUGUUCCGCCUGGCCUUUGGCUUGGAGCCAAUUUGAUUCCCUCCCCCUCUUUCCCCCCCCAUUUUCCAUUCUCCUCCUGUGAUGAGGCUGCAUUUUAAUAUUUUAAUGUUUCAAUAUUUUAAUUGUUGUAUUUUAAUCUUGUUUUUAAGUUGUAUUCAUUCAACUUGUUUUUAUUAUUGCUUGUUAGCCGCCCUGAGCCCGGCCUUGGCUGGGGAGGGCGGGGUAUAAAUAAAAAUUAUUAUUAUUAUUAUUAUCAUUAUAUUCUCCCCUCUGCUCUGUCCAGGACUCUCUCACUUUCCUUUCUCCUUUGGGGUGGGUGGCCAAAGGAAUAUGUGUGACACUGAAAAAGCUGAAUUCUAACAGUGAAGACUUUCAGAGGAAAAUAUCUUUUGGAAUUAUAUACCGAUUGCAUGUAAGAUAUCAACUGGAUUACAAAAGUUGAUUAUGCGCUUCCUAAAUGUGCCCAAGAGACUGAUAUUGAUGAAUUGGAGGAAUAAAGACAAGUUCCUCUUUAAUUAAUAUUAGUUGUUGUUUUUUCUACGCUGCCCAUCUAGCCCCUCUGGGUGGCUUCCAACAGAAUAUUAAAAACACAAUAAAACAUCAAACAUUAAAAACUUCCCUAAAUAGGGCUGCCUUCAGAUGGAUUGAUGAUAUGACAACACUUACUACGGAUGAAUGGAUUACUUAUAUACGUAGACUUUGUUUGGAUAAACAUACUGACAUUUGGAAUGAGUUCAUAGAGAACAUAGUAGGUUUCUAAUAACCAUAUAUGCAGUAUGAGAAUACGGUAAUAUUAUGGUAUUUUUUGCACUUUUUCUCUCUCUUUUAUUCCCCCCCUUUAUUUUCUAUAACUGAAAUUAUAUUAUUCAGAUGUCUACAUGUAAACCCUCCAGUAAUGGGCAUUGUCUAUCUAGAGAUCUGCACUGGCUCCCAGUACGUUUCCGAGCACAAUUCAAAGUGUUGGUGCUGACCUUUAAAGCCCUAAACGGCCUUGGUCCUGUAUACCUGAAGGAACGUCUCCACCCCCAUCGUUCAGCCUGGACACUGAGAUCCAGCACCGAGGGCCUUCUGGCGGUUCCCUCAUUGUGAGAAGUGAGGUUACAGGGAACCAGACAGAGGGCCUUCUCGUAGUGGCGCCCGCCCUGUGGAACGCCCUCCCUUCAGAUGUGAAGGAAAUAAGCAGCUACCUUCUCUUUAAAAGACAUCUGAAGGCAGCCCUGUUUAGGGAAGUUUUUAAUAUUUAAUGCUGUAUUGUUUUUAACACUUGAUUGGAAGCCGCCCAGAGUGGCUGGGGAAACUCAGUCAGAUGGGCGGGGUAUAAAUAUUAAAUUAUUAUCAUCAUCAUCAUCAUCAUCAUUGUGGGGCCUUUACCCUUGAAGCCCACCAGACUGUGAAAGUGCAUACAUCUAUUCUCACUUGAUGCCGAUGGACAGUAUCACAGGUUGUAACUCACUCUACCAAAAACCAGAAGUAAUGAAGAUGAUUUCAAUAUAUAAUUGAUAUAUAAAUCCCAAAAGCAUUUUCACAGCAUCCUCCAUGUACCACAAUUAUUAGCACAGGUUAAAGGCUAAUGGACAUAUUAUGGCUCAUGUUUUUGUGGGCUGUGUACACACCCCUGAAGGUGUUGAAUGAUUGGUUAAGGACCCUGUGCGAAAAGCUGGUUUCAAGCUGGGAGAAGAAAUGGAAGCCCCCCAGGUGAGGUCCCUCCCCUUUCUGUGUGAGACAAGGGUUAAGAUCUACCUUUGAGACAGUGUUAGAAACUGAUAUAUGAAAGCUAGCAGCUAAAAGGAACAUUCCACAACAACGGAAUGUCUAGGCUGCAAAAAACAAAUCCAUGCUUCUUCUGCCUGCUCCCCUAAUAUUCUUAAGAUUGUCUCUUCUCCAGAAUUCAGAGAGUGGCUGGAAGUAGGGAGGCAGAAAAGGUCCUCCUUUCCUUCCACUCUGCAGUUUUAAUCUGAAAUCUUAGCUGCAGUACUGGGCCCAGAGCUCAGAAACUGCUCGUGCUAAUGAAAUUCCCUGUCGCAAAAUUUGCCCAGAACAACGGGAGUUUCAAACGCUGCUUUGAGACAGGUAGACAUUGUAUUCUUUCUUUCUUUUUGUUGUCAUUUAAAUUAAUUUUGUUUUUUUUAAAUCAUAUGGUAUUAUGAAAAAGUUUGAAUGAAAUUUUAUGAAACAACAAAAAACACACACCCUGAAAACCUGGGGGGUGGGGGAAUUUAACCACUCUUUUUAGGGGGGUCCAGGGAGGCAGUUCCCCCAUCAAGUAAAUAAAUAAAAAUGCUUAACUAACUGACCAAUUGUGUCACAGACAAUUCGGUUCUGCCCUGCCCCCCAAAAUGUGCCCCCCCAUAAAUCCUGGCUACGCCCAUGCCCUCUGGACCCCCCCAUAAGCCAGCGCCCAGGAUGGAGACAUCUCCCACACCAAAGGCCACUUCUGUCUCUUACCUUUCUCUCUGCCAGUGCUCGGCUGUUCUUAUCUUCCCAAAGGAUGUUUCUAUUCAUUCCCCAGCCCCCCCAAACAUCCACUGUCCCCCUACUUCCCGGAGUCUCCCCUGCGCCCUUGGACCGGCUCCCCCCUCGCGCCCAAGGUCUCCCCAGCCAUAGCUGUCAACGUUUCCUUUUUUAAAAGGGAAAUUCCCUUAUUCCGAAUAGGAUUCCUCGCAAGAAAAGGGAAAAGUUGACAGCUGUGCUCCCCUGCGCGCCAUCCUCUCCACCUGGAGGGGCUUCGCAAGUAGAACACAGAGGGGGGAGAAGCAGAAGAAGAAAGUGGGGGUGGGUCUCUAUCCAGGCCCCUCUCGCUUCCUUAAACCCUUGCGUGUACUAUGGUUCUCAACCUGUGGGUCCCCAGAUGUUGUUGGACUACAACUCCCAUCAUCCCUGAGCUCUGGCCUUGCUAGCUAGGGGUGAUGGGAGUUGUAGUUCAACAACAUCUGGGGACCCACAGGUUGCAAAAGGCUGGCUCCGUCUCUACCGCCAAAUGGGCCCACACGACACGGAUGCGCCUCUCGCUACACGCGCGGAGCCAGGCACGUCCCAGGGAUCCCUGCCUGGGAGAAACAGGAAUCCGCAGCGUCGGCGUCACGUCUGAGGCCUCGGUUCAGCCCUGCUUGGGGACGGGGGCUCCCGCAAGGACCCCUAAUGGUGGGCACCGCAUUUCAAUUCCAGCACAGGCGCCAGAAAGAGGGGGGAAGAGUGCAGGGCAGCUGAGCAUCUCUUGCCCCCCUCCAGGAAAACGCAUGUUGGGGGGGGUGCGCGAAAAGAGAUCGUGCAAUGCAAACCCUGCAAAUGUUGGGUUGGCAGCUGUAUUGCAUAGAUCCAGGCCCCUGUCGCUGGGGUUUUUUUGGAGGGGGGUCUCUUUGCCGCCGUCCCCCCCCUUUGCUGUAUCUUUACCUCUUUGUCUUCUCUGGCCACCCGAUCCUUUGUUCGCUCUUCCGAUUACCUUCCUUGCAAUAUGUACGCGGAAGGAGGGUGUGUUGUCCACUGAUACCCCUCCUCCCCCUUUGAAGAGCUCCCUCGGGAACCGGACGUGACGGCGCUGCCUUUUGCCUCUUCCUCUUUGGCCUCCGUUGGGAAAUUGCAACACGCCCCCCCCCCCCAUAGCUGUCAACUUUUUCCUUUUCUUAAGGGAAAUUCCCUUAUUCCAAUAGGAUUCCUCGCAGGAAAAGGGAAAAGUUGACAGCUAUGUCCCCCCUCCACGCUCCAUUUACCGUGGGGGCAAUUGCUGCAGGCUGAUCGAGAUUAAAAUUGGGUGCUGGGGGGGGAGUACCCCCUCCCCCCAGUAAAGCAGCUCCCCCCCUGCACUUCGGGUCUGCACAUGGCUGGAGUCGGACGGGGCGGGUCUCCUCCCCACAGCGGAGAAUUGAAAAUGGGGGUGGGGGGUUUGCCCUCUUUUAGAGUCGGAGAUCGAACCUGGGGCUUCCCUAUACAUGCAAAGCAUCUCCUCUGUCAUUGAGCUGCCCCCCCCCGCCAAGGAACUGACUUUGACCCCCUCCAGCAAAACGGGCAAAACAACACCGGCCUACUUUGCAGGGCGACACUCCCCUUGGAAAAUGGGUGUCACAGUGGCGGGAUCUCUCCCCCCCCCCCCAAUUAACAGAGAUAAAUGUAAACCUGUGUCACCUUCAGAUCCAGGAGUAGUUUUUCCAGAGGUGGGGGCUGUGGGUGCGUCUCUUUCCGUGCCGCUACCGGGGAUCGAACCAGCGACCUUCUCACAAAAGAAAUGGGGAUUUUUGUUUGCAGGGAGGGGGAGGGCGGAUCUCCUGCCACCCCCCCUUCCUCUCCCAGGGUCAAUGAGCUCUGCUUCCUAGAGAGGCAGGAAGUUUGUGGUGGCAGGGGUGGGGUGGGGUUGCAGAGGAUGAAUGGGAGGGGAGGGGUCUCCAUGCACAUCCCCAGGCAAGGAGGAGGCCUGGAGAGGAGAAAGAGGUGUUGCGUAUUUGGGGGUGUUUCGGGGUUGGUGGGGGAGAGGAGGGGAAAGAUUCGCUUUCCUUGCACCUGAAUCUGCAAGCAGCUGGCGGGGGGAGGAGAGAGGGAAAGGAUUCCCUUUGCAAAGUCUCCCUGCUCCCAUUUUCCCUCUUGGGAUCUGUAGUCCGCCUCCCCAGUGGAUCUCGUUUCUUCGGGAAGCACUGCUGUGCAGCCCAGUCUCAUGCAUGUUUACUCAGAAGUAAGUCCUGCUCCGUCCGUCCUAUCUAAUAGCGCUCUCGUUUAUAUCUGCAAUCGCCCUCCACUCGCCCCCUCCCUCCGCUCCUUUGCUAAAGCCCCCUUGGGGUGGGGAGAUAGCAGCGGGGAGGAAGGCUUUGGCGCAGUAGAAGCAGCCCCCUAUAUGGGGGGGGGGGCUUGGAGAGCUGCUUUUCUAGCCCUAGAGCUGGAGAGCAGAGUCGCCUUUGGGUUGCGGGAGAUGGAGGAGAUUUUGAAUAGGAGGUGGGGCUGAGGAGCAGACAAAAUGCUAAAGGAAGUCGGCCUUAGAGUUUGGAAGGGGAUCCUCAAAUGUCAUCUAGUCCAACCCCGGGCAAUGAAGGAAUCUCAGCUAAAGCAUCCAGGACUGAUGGCCCUCCAGCCUCUGCUUAGAAACAUCCAAGGAAAGAAGGAGAGUGCACUAGCUCCAGAGGGAGACGGUUCCACUGUUGAAUAGCUCUUAUUGUCAGGAAGUUCUUCUUCCUAGUGUUUAGGAGUCCUACACUCCAGAGCAGGACAGAAACAAGCAUGCACCCUCCUCCUCCACGUGACAGCCUUUAAGAUAUUUGACAAUGGCUAUCCCAUCUCCUCUCAGUCUCCUCUUUUCUGGACUAAACAUACCCAAGUCCUUCAACUGUUCCUCAUAAGGCUUGGUUUCCAGACCCUCGAUUAUCUUGUGAGAUUCCUUAGCAAGAAAGAGGCUGCUACUGGAAAAAGUCAAAGGGAACCAAAAUGUGGGUUUUUGGGGAGGGGGGAAGCCCCCCAUCUCCCCUUUCAGAACUCGUAGAUAAGGGGGGCUGGUGGACUGUGGUUUCCUUGGAACGAAGGAAAGAGUCUUCCUGAGCUUGCUCAUGUUGAGGGGGGAGGCAAAUGGGGAGGAGUCCUUGCUUCAAAACAGGAGGGAAGGGGCAUAUUUUGGAUUUCCUGGAGCCUGAAAAAACACCUUGUCAGUCUCCCUCCCGCUAGGCAAGGGAAAUGGGUGCAUGGAUGGCGGUAUUUGAAAUUGAUUGGGAUCUUAAGGGCACUUUUAAAAGCCUCAUGGCAAAAGACCGGAGGAAUUAAAUAAAUGCCCAAUCCCCAGUUUUGGACUUGGGGGGAAGAAAUAUAUUACCUCCCAGCUGAUUUUGAUGCUGUCUCCAAAAAGAGGCUUCUCUAGACAUCCUCUGGGAAGAUUGUUGGGGCAGAUGAAAGCCGGCAUGGGUGGGCAUGGGGGAGGGAUCUGACCCCUCUUUCAGGACUGGCGCAGCACAGGGUUUCUGAAGGUCUUUCUCCUCUGUUGCUGCCAGCCUCACUCCUGCCCAGUCUCCUCGCUUGCCUUGAAAACAUUCAGGUUGGCAGGAGGGCCUUGUAAUGCUAUAGGCUGAGCAAGAUGUACACACAUAUGUACAUUCCUUAGAGGAAGGCCUGGGGCGCCAUAGUUCGUCAGCAUGCCUCCAUCCCCAAAACUACAAUCCCCUAAGAACUGAAGCAACUUUUAAUAUCAUGAUGUUCAUGACAUCCUUCCUGUUCCCUGUCUUUCCCCGCAGGCCCAGGAAUGGUCCUCUUGAGAGCUGCUCCCUGCUUUGAAGUGCAUCGUGGCAACACCUGAGAGAGUCCCAGGAGUGUCCCAGUUUACGCCUCCGUCCCCUCUGUCUUCUACAGGCAGCGCAAUGGCCUCAGAGGCACCGUUUGGACCGUCUCUUCUUAGGGGUGGGAUGGAAAGAGGAGCCAGGCAGCUCACUCAGGUAGGGAAAAGAGUAUUGGGUGUGGGGAAGGAGAGAGGAGAAGAGGAAGAGAGGGGGACAAACCAGCCUCCCUCUGUGUUGAGUGGGGAUGAUGGGGAUCUAAGAGAAGCUCUGUUUUCUUCCUCUUCUUCUUCUUCCAGGCCCUCUUGACCUUUGAGGAGGUGGCUGUGUUUUUCACGGAGGAGGAGUGGGCUCUGCUGGAUCCAGGCCAAAGAGCUCUGCACAUGGAAGUCAUGGAGGAGAAUUAUGAGAUGGUGGCCUCUCUGGGUAAUGAUGCAUUUUUAUUUAUUAAUAUUUAUUUAUUUUUAUUAAGUACUUUUAUUUUGCUUUAAACAAAUACAUAUAAAUAUAGACAACCAAAAUUACAAAAGAAAAUUCCUUAAUAAUAAUGAAAAAAACUAAAAACUACAGAAAAUAUCAAAGUACAUGGGUAAUGAUGCAUUUUUAUCCCUCUUGGCUUCUAGAUGUGGAAGGUGUCAACCAGCUCUUUGUGCCAUUUAUUCAUGCAGAGUAGGAAUAAUUUAAGAAGAAUAGCCUGUUUGGGUCCCCAUUUUUGCAGAUGUACCCUACGAUAUUUGCAACUUUGUUCUCUGAAACAGCACCCGUAUAUUCACAGGCACACCCCUUGUGACAGUGGGGACCACAAGGCCCUCUCCUGCUCAUGUUGUGUGUUUUUAUAGGAUCUGGGUAUGGUAAUCCCUCCUCUUUGCCUUUGCGGUCGUAGAUACGGAUUGAUUUGAAACGGCCAGGUGAUUUGUGGCCAAAAGUAGCUAAUAUUAUCGCUUUCCUUGGCAGAAUCAGACCUCAGUUCCUGUUGGGAAGAAAGACAAGAUCCAUUUCUCCUGGUCCCCAAAGAAGGGGAGAUAUCAGAAGGUAGAUGUUUAGCUGCAUUUUGGGGUCCUUUUUUUCCUCUGGAAAGAGAGAGAACAGAAGCCUGUUGCCUUUAUGUCCUGCUUCUGUGCUUCCUGUCAGCAUCUAGUUGGCUCCUAUAGGACUCUGGGACUAAAUAGACCGGGGGGGGGCAGCCCAUGGGACUCCACCCCCUGCCCAGUUCCCGCUGUCCCCAGGCCAUGACCCAUGACCACCUCUGCUUCACAUCCUCCUUGAGUCCUUUUUUCCUUCCUGGGUCGUGUCCUUGAAAUCUGAAGGUGUUUCUUGCUUGCCUGGGUGGAAGAAAGAGAAGGGUGUGUGUCCAGAGGUUGCAUUUACAUUUGUUGUUACACCCAGUUCUGCCUCUGGUCCCACAGAGUGCGAGCACCCGGCCCUAAGGCUGUAAAAAGCUGCCUGCACAGGGUCCAACUGGGUUUUCUUCUAAAGAGCAGAGACGCCAUCCAGUCUGAGGUUUAAAUUUAAAAUAGCCUCCGCGUUGCCUCUGAGGUUAAUGUACAGUACAGUGAGAUCCUCUUCCCAAGUGCCAGGUGGAUUCUGUUGGGACCAUGCGCCCUUCUUCUAUCCCUCAUAUGGAGUGUUAAGAUCUUGUCUUUCCCUUAUUUUGGGAAGGGAGCCAUGGCAGUAGUAGGGCUUGUCAUGUCUGGGUAUUUUGCACUCAGAAUUCACUGGCCGCUUUGAAAACAUUUCCCAAACCAGACUUUAUCGCUUGGGUGGAAGGAGACGAUCCAGUUGGAUGGUCCUCUGAGAAAGGGGAGAUAUAAUCAGACACAGAAGUGUGAGGUGACAGCUUGUGUGAGGUGGAGCAGGAAGGGCCUCGUGGUGUUGUCUUGAGAAAUUAACUUCAGAUUCAGCUGUGUGAGGAGAUAAGUGGGGAACGUGCUUGAAAAUGGUAGAAGAGGCAGAAAACUGGGCUCGAUCCUCAAUGAGAGUCUCUGCUUCUACCUUGCAAUUUGAAUAACAUUUUCUUUUUCUUCCACCCCCAAAACAGGUAAUGUGCAGAGGAGAGAGAAUUAUGAGGAGCCAUCAGGAAAUGUGGAGCAUAAAGUAGAGAAAGAGACAUUUGUAAAUCAACUGUCACGCCGAAAUCAUAUAGGCAGAAACAUGUCAAAUAAUGGGAAAAGGAAGUAUUCCACUACUCAGGACAUUGGUGUCCAUGUAGCCCUGAACUCACAGGAGGAAUGCACAGGAAGGAGCAGUGUGGAGUGUGAAAAGAGCUUCACUCAGAGUGGAAGUGUUAGUUUACAUCAAAGAACCCAAACGGGGGAGAAAAUGUUUAAGUGCACGGAGUGUGGAAAGAGCUUAAGCAGUGCUGGUAACCUUAUUAAGCAUAAAAAAACCCACACAGGGGAGAAACCGUUCAAAUGCAUGGAGUGUGGAAAGAGCUUCAGCCAGAGCGGAAACCUUAUUGCCCACCAAAGAAUCCACACUGGGGAAAAACCAUUUAAAUGUAUGUUGUGUGGAAAGAACUUCAGUCUCAAUCACCAUCUUACUUUACAUCAAAGAACCCACACUGGGGAGAAACCGCAUGAAUGCAUGGAGUGUGGAAAGAGCUUCUGUACAAGCAGUUUGCUUAUCGCACAUCAAAGAACCCAUACUGGGGAGAAACCAUUUAAAUGUAUGAUCUGUGGAAAGAGUUUCAGUCUCAAUCACCAUCUUACAAUACACCAAAGGGUGCACACUGGGGAGAAUCUGCAUAAAUGCAUGGAGUGUGGAAAGAGCUUCAGUUAUAAGAGUGCACUUACUUUACAUCAAAGAACCCACACUGGAGAGAAACCAUUUAAGUGUAUGGAGUGUGGAAACAGCUUCAGACAAAGAAGAAGCCUUACUGCACAUCAAGGAACCCACACUGGAGAGAAACCCUAUGAAUGCAUGGAGUGUGGAAAGAGCUUCAGUUGUAGGAGUGCAAUUACUGUGCAUCAAAGAGCCCACACCGGGGAGAAACCAUUUAAAUGUAUGGCGUGUGGAAAGAGCUUCAGUCGGAAUGGAAGUCUUACUACACAUCAAAGAACCCACACCGGGGAGAAGCCAUUUGAAUGCAUGGAGUGUGGAAAGAGCUUCAACCGGAGGACUGCACUAACGGUACAUCAAAGAGAGCACACUGGGGAGAAACCAUAUGAAUGCAUGGAAUGUCGAAAGAGCUGCAGUUGUAGGAGUGAACUUACUUUACACCGAAGAACCCACACGAGGGAGAAACCGUAUGAAUGCAUGGAGUGUGGAAAGAGUUUCAGUUGUGCGAGUGCACUUACAUUUCAUCACAGAACCCACACUGGGGAGAGACCGUUUAACUGCAUGGAGUGUGGAAAGAGCUUCAGAUAUAGUGGAAGUCUUACUGUACAUCAAAGAGCCCACACAAGGGGAAACCAUUAAAAUGUAGAGAGUGUGGAAAGAGCUUCAGUGGGAGUGAAGACCUGACUGCAUCUGAGAACUCACACAGGGGAGAACGCCUCUAAGUGAUUGGAAUAUAAAGAACAGCAGUAAAUGCAGCAAACUUGCUUAACACAAGAAUUUACAGAGGGAGAAACAAAUCGAGAUUCACUGAGUGUAAACAGCACUUCACUAGAAACUGAAGUAUUUACCACACAUGGAAGAACCAUAACAGGGAAGAAACUUGAGUGUAGAAACAAGCAUCUUGUGGCACCUGAAAAUGUAUGAUGAUAGGUUUUGUUGCCUCUAAGAAAAAUAAGAAAUUCCUAGCACUGCCAUGCUAAUUGCCCAAGAUGGUCUCCCCAUUCUGCCUAACGCCUUGGCCAUCUGGCAUAUUAUUAUUAAUGCAGUAAGCGGAGAAGGAAAGGAGGCAAAGUUUAGCCACUUGGUCAGAGGUGUGGUGAAAGGCAUUGGACUGCUGCUAUCGCCCUUUCUUUGAGUGAAACUCUCAUGUGUCUCAGAUUUCACCCAUCAAGUAUUCAGAGUCCCCAAGUGGCUUAGAGUGCCUAGUUGGGAAAUGUGAUAUAACUGACUCUGACUUUUUAUUUAUUUAUUGCAUCAGUCUCUCCACAUAGGGAAAGAAUCACAGGUCAGUCCUUCCAAAGGGAUGGUGGUGCCAGACCUUAAAACCUGAGCUGCUUUGUUUUGUAAUCUGUUCAACCUGUUUUCUUGCUUUCUCCCAUCUUUUAUUCUAAAUAAAGUUUCACGAUCCGAACAGCUCUUCAGUUUGCCCUGUUGCUGAAGCUCUUUGGGAUACCAUCUGCUCAGAUGCACAUCAGAUAUCAACGUAAAUGAUGCUUAGAUUAAAGCAGCUGUAUGUGUGGCCUCCGUAUUAGAACAGCGUGGCCCAAAUCUUAGAGCCCUCCCACCUAAUUCCCAAAGCUGGGAAAGUUCUAACUUGGCUUUGGGAAGGAGGUAGGAGGACUCUAGGACCCUAACACAGCC